AGAUGAAUUAGUUUUUCAAGUCUCAACAGAGGGUCCUACAAAUACAUUUCUUACCAAACCAAACCAAACCAAACUUACAAAGGGUACCCUUCAACAUAGUUUCAUUCUACCCUCUCUCUCUCUCUCUCUCUCUCUCUCUCUCCAACAAUGGAGUCAAACAAGAAUAACAUGAAAUCACCAAGAAACAACACUUCUCUUCCUUCACCACGCUAUAGCCACAGUUCAUGUAGCAGUAGCAACAGUAACAACAACAAUCAUCAUCAUAACCCACCUUCACCAUACCCACCAAAACCAGUCACCAGAUCCGAACCGGGUAACCCAUACCCGACAACAUUUGUUCAAGCUGACCCAUCUUCAUUCAAACAAGUUGUUCAAAUGUUAACUGGAUCCACUGAAACAACAACAAAACAAACAUCAUCAACUUCCUCAAACAACAACCUGCGAAACCAUAUUCCACCAAAAAAAUCUGGUUUCAAACUCUAUGAAAGAAGAAACUCUUUGAAAAAUCUUCACCUAAACCCAUUACUUCCUGUUUUCUCUUCAAAUUCAAACAACCCUUCAAGCUUUUCACCUAGAAAACCUGAAAUUCUGUCUCCUAGUAUCCUAGAUUUUCCUGCGCUUGUUCUUAGCCCUGUUACACCUCUUAUACCGGACCCUUUUAACAGAACCACCGUCUCUGGUCACCGAUGUGGAAAUGGAAGUCCUAAACCAGUUUUGAACAUUGAAGCUGAAGAAAAAGCUAUAAAAGAAAAGAAGUUUUUCUUACACCCUUCACCUUCAACUACUCCAAGAGACUCUGAACAACCUCGUUUGCUUCCUCUGUUUCCAACUACUUCUCCAAGAGCUCGUUUGGGUCCUUCUUCUUCUUCAACAAGUACUUGAAUUGAGUUCAAUUGAAUUUUUCUUAUUUGUUUUUUUUUUUUUUUUAGAUUUUGUUUUAGAUUUUUAUUUAAAUUAAUGGCAUUGAUGAGGUUGAGAGAGAGAGAUAAAUUUGUAAUACAGAAUCGAAGAAUCUUUGCUUCAAUUGUAUGUAGAAGAAUUAUGCCUUUUUUUUCUUCAUCAAUUUUCUUUACCUCUUUUAA